UUGUUUGCAGCUUCUUUAGCCGUCAUCGACACGUUCGUGCUGUACAAUGGACUGCUGACGGCUUGGGUUGAAGAGCUCAUGGGAUACGACAUCCAGGACUCAAGUGACUGGCUGUGCAAGCCCCUGGUCACUCUGGGAUACGUGGCCUCUGAUCUGUCCGUCUGGCUCAUAAUAGCCGUUACUGUGGAGAGGUGA